CCUUACCUUCCAUUCUUACCGCUUUACCGUCAUUUCCGAUGCAUUCAACUCACUCACUGUAGUUGAUGAUCGACUCUGUGUAUAUAUGUGCGGAUACGUUCGUUGUUGCAUUGGCAACGCCAUGAUUGCUUCAGUUGUUUUUUGUAUAUGAUUAAAGUGAAUGAUGAUGGAUAAGAAGUAAGUUGCUGUGUACACGCCCCAUUCUUGGAUUACCAGAAUACAUGAAACACAUUAGCUCAAAAAAUGGAUAAAUAUGGUGCAAUGAUUAUAUGGGAUUGGAUUGCGGCAUUAACUGACUCACUCUCCAUGCCAGACUCUGAAAAAGCUGUCCAGGAAAUUAUCCAGCAGCCUCUGCUCCAGGGAACUAACGAUCCUUCCAUCGAAUUUUCCGAGGCUUUGAUGAAUGUUUCAAAGGCAUUAAAAAGGGUGGCUGAAGAGAAAGCUGCUGCGCAAGCUGAGGCUGUUCAGUGGAAGCAUAAAUAUGAAACUGAGAGAGCACGAAAUUUAUAUUUGGAGCAGAAAGGAGGGCAUUUUAGCAAGUCAAACAUUGAGAGUACUCGAGGCUCGGAAGACCAGAGUUUACUGCCCGAAAAAAACAGAAAGCACUUUGAGUUUUGCAGUGGAGAAGAUGGCAUAUGUGCUUACAAGGUGAUCACCAAACAUGAUGUUGUCUCUUUUGACAACGGCAAUAUAACAACUGCCGAGUGCUGCAGGAAACAGAUUUCCUUGAAGUGGGAUUCUCCCCCACAAACUGUGCUCGUAUUAGCAAAACCAAAUUCAAUUUCCGUCCAGAAUCUCUGUCUUGAAAUUGUCAGAUGGCUGAAAGAGCAGAAGAAGUUGAAUAUAUUUGUGGAGCCAAUAGUAAAGGCUGAACUUCUCGCAGAAUCAUCGUAUUACAGCUUUUUACAAACCUGGCAAGACCAAAAGGACAUGCUGCUAAUGCACACAAAGGUUGACCUUGUUGUGACUCUGGGUGGGGAUGGAACACUCCUUUGGGCUGCAUCAAUGUUCAAAGGACCCGUUCCUCCCAUGGUCCCAAUCUCUGUCGGAUCCCUCGGUUUCAUGACUCCAUUUCAUAUCCUUGUACAAUAUCAUUACUCUUUUAAGGUGGUGUUUCUUUUUUCGAACAUUUGUUUGGUUGGUCUUUAACAAACACGCAGACAGCGAUGGCUUCCGGGAGGUUCUUGAUUCAAUUCUACACGGUCCAUUUCCCAUAAUGCUAAGGCAUCGACUGCAAUGCUACAUCAUCCGCAAAAAUAGUGACUCGGAUAAUGAAGGUCCCAUACUGGUUCUAAACGAGGGCGACGGUCUUAUUCUGUCGACAGCUUCCGGAAGCACGGCAUAUUCUCUUUCUGCCGGAGGAUCAAUGGUUCAUCCCCAG